AUGCAUCACGGUACAGUUCAGGAAAGUGGCACUCCUCUCCUCAGUUCGGAGAUAGCCUUGGAAACGAUGAAUCUCCGGAAUAGUAGCUAUCAAGACGAAUACGUCCAGGAACUUGGCGGCAAAAGUUCUAGUGACAAGUUUCUUCGUAUGCGACACAAGACUGAUGACAAGCCAACAUCUCGAAAUAUAGUCACAGGUUGGAGGUUUGGUGCAUUACUUGCAGCCGCAGUAACGCUUGCUGUCUUGAUAGGCAAUGUUACAAUUGCGGGUGUCUUUACCUCAAGGGUACGAGCUCAAGGAUAUACCUCAAAUGUCGCACCUAUUAGCGUUGGCAACUGCGGCUACAUCAAGAAGCUUGGCAUUGGGAUCCAUCUUGUUGUCAAUAUCGUUAGCACUCUUCUGUUGGGAGCAAGCAACUACUGCAUGCAGACUAUAAGUGCUCCGUCACGCGAUGACGUUGAUAGAGCGCAUGCAAAGGGCUCGUGGGUAGAUAUCGGCAUACCCAGCCUCCGAAAUCUGCGGUUCAUUAGGAAGCGGCGAGCUUUUGUCUGGUUCUGCCUUGGAGUUACUUCUAUUCCACUUCAUCUUGUGUACAAUUCUAUCUUCUUUGUAUCCGCUAACAACAAUCUGUACCGGAUCUGGUAUGCCGACGACUCCUUCGCGCGAGGUGCACCUUUCAACGAGACUUUUUUCACACAAACUAUAGCCCUUGGAAAUGUCAACGCCGACAAAGUGCAAAAUCAACUUAUGCACGGCGAUCGAUAUCAAAAUCUCACUAAUGACGAAUGCAUCAACGCCUACGCAAAAACCUUGAUUGAGGACAGAGGGAACGUGAUUUUAGUCAUGGACAGACCCGAAAACUGCAGCAUCUUCAACGAUCCUUUUGAUAUGAGGUUGAGCGAACCCGGACAAUCUUCUCUAGCGGAUUGUGGAAACACAUCGGCCACAUCUCUGUACGCAGUUGACAACUACAACAAUAAUUUCAGUCCCGAGACCGAUCCUUACAUCACCAAUUGGUACUACUGGAUAUGCUCCCAAGAGUCAGUCUAUAGGACUGAGACUGAGAAUGAUCCAAGGUCUCCACCUGACAAGUUGUGCAGCGAUGGAGCCUGGAAAGAUCAGCUGGGAGCAGACCCAUGGAAAGUCCAUGGCAUCAAGGUCAACUACUGUCUUAGCGAAAAGCUCAACAGCCAAUGCCAACUGAGAGUUUCCCUCAAUCUCAUUUAUGUGGUUAUAGCCUUCAAUGCGGUCAAACUGAUUAUCGUCAUCCUCAUCGCGACAAGUCAUUGGAUUAACGACGAGCCUUUGGUAACUGUCGGCGACGCAGCUGCUUCUUUCAUUGAGUCUCCUGAUCCGAGAACGAAAGGGGUCUGUCUCACAUCUGCACGUGAUAUCAGGAAUAACAAAUUAUUUGAAGAAAUAUCCCAAACGAUUUAUCACCCUCAAAGAAAACGCUGGUUCUCUGCUGGUAGCCGCUUCCGCUGGACAAUCGCCUCGCUCCUGACUCUUACUGCAGUCGGUGUGAUUCUUGGGCUGCUAGGUUAUGCGCUAAAGAUGUUGGGAAGUCGCUUUUCUCGCAGCGAUUUUAGUUCUUUAUGGUCUUUUGGUAUAGGGACUAUCAACCCUUACACGCUCAUCAGAAAUUGGAAGAUCCCUACCGACGGCGACCUAGCCGUUGCUGGUACCGUCCUCCUCACAAACUUGCCGCAGCUCAUCUUAUCUUUUAUAUACUUGAUUCUGAAUUCCCUUCUCACGUCGAUGGUUGCCGCCGCAGAAUGGGCCAGUUUUGCUCACGGUCCACACCAGCCCCUCCGAGUCUCCUUCCCCAGAGGGGCACAGAAGUCUGCAUUCUUUCUGGAGCUUCCAUAUCAAUACAGCAUCCCCAUGCUAGUUCUCUCGAUACUGAUGCAUUGGCUCAUUUCUCAGGGAUUCUUUAUCGCACAGAUAUCUGAGAGGUACCUGUGGGACUUUGACGAUAAUGAUAGGCUUGACCAAGAGGUGUUGGAUAAGAUGCAGGUCACCACAACGGGUGCCUACUCUCCGAUUGCUAUGGUUCUCACCUGCGUUAUUCUUGUUAUAUUGUUUGGAAGCGUGUCCAUUCUCGGAACACGUCGGUUGAGGGAUGGGAUGCCGCUUGCCAGAAGCUGCAGCUUAGCUAUAUCCGCAGCGUGCCAUGCGCCUGGGGGAACUUCAAGUUUACUACCGGUGAAGUGGGGAGUAGUACGUUCACCAGAAGGAUCAGUAGAUUCUGGACAUUGCGCCUUUUCCAACGACGAGGUAGAAUUGCCCGAACAGGGUAAAUGCUAUGCAUAA